AUGUCAAUAUUCAACAAGGAAUGUUGCGGCUUUUGGGAUGGCUCGUUCGAGAUCGAUAGCGACAAAGUCAUCUGGAAUGCCACGAUGGACCCUGCCAUCAUCUUUUUCAAUUUCCUCCUUCCUGCAGAUCAUAUGACCGACAAUGUUCUACAGCUCCUUCAAGCACGUAACCUGCUUGGUGGCAUUCCAUUGCAGGUAGCCUCAGCUCUCAACGAAGAGUAUAAAAACGCCAGAGAAUUUCUGGCUCUCCGUUACGCUGCAGACAUCGCAGACCUUAUCAUUUUUCUGACCCGCACACGACCCGACCUGGAGCCCUUCGAAGUCUUAUGGUGUGCAUACAAGAAGAUACCUACGACGAUCCGCGAGAGAGUCAAGCGAGAUGCGACAGCACAUUGUCGUGCUAUACUGCACAAUCCGCAAUUCAAAUUUGUCGGUCCCCUACUUGGCCAUGCGCUCAAGGCGCUUGAGGUCUAUAUUCGUCCUUUAGCUACUGGCUCUUCAUCAUUGAUCUGGAUCGAUGCUCAACUUCUGCACGACCUACACGACAUACACGAGCUAAGUAUGGAUGGCGCGAAAGCCCGCAAAACUUUGUUCGAUUACCUACAACACAGGCAUCCUGGAGUGGAGACGCUGUGGCACAGCCUUGUUCAGAUGUACAACACUUACGACGCAAAACACUUUCCUCAAUACAGUACUAAGCCGAUGUCAACGCCAAGUCUGAUUUUAUGGGAGUCCUUUUACAGGCAUAUCCGAGAGGAUGUGCCAUUGGAAUACCCGCAGUCGCGGCCAUUAGUCUUGAAGCGGAAGGACAAUCUUUCGAAAUCGCAAGGGACCGUCGAAGAAGGUGAAAAGAAAAGAUCGAAGAGGAAAAGGAAGAGUCAAUCGAAGGGUGAUAGGGAUGUUGAGCCGGUGGAAGAUCCAGCUUUGCCAAAGCACCACCCGCUUGAGACUCAACCAGUACCUGGGGAGCAGCCGGUAUCUCAGCAGCAAUCUUCUGCAGCCACUGUCGAGAUACUUCCGUCUUUACCUACAGUACAACAGCCGGUUGAGAAGAGCGAGCGGGAGCCAUCGAAGAAGGACAGGAAAAGUAUGGAGAAGAAGCUAAAGAAACUCAGAGCUGCUGAGCGAUCGGAGUCGUCUGUCGCGGAGGAGUACAAGCGAUCGGUCGUAGGCAACAACGCUAAUAGCAGCGGCAAUGCCACUAGCAUGAGGACGACAAUGGUAGAAGUAUUGAAGGACGACGAUUGUGGCAGUACUGAUGAUGAUGAUGAUGAUGAUGAUGGCGUCUGCUUGACGUCAGCUAGAGAUCCCACUGAUAAUACGUCAGUCAAGGAAGGUCCCGCUCGGGAAGACUCAAGCGACAAAGAGGCUGCAGCGCAAAAGAGCAAGGUAUCCGCAGCAAACGUGUACAUCGGAAUAUCAGCUGAGAAGCGCACACUUCAUGGUAGUUGUGGUGACACUCCAAAUUUCGAAGAAGAGGAUCACGCAAAAUCCGUGGGUAGUUGGCAAAAGGUUGGAGUGCGCAAAGACUUGCCGCAGAAGCAGAAGCAGCGCAAGAAUGAUCGCAACCUCGGCAAAGAUGUACCCAAUACGACAAGCCAUAUUCCCUUCAAUGCGAAACCACUGCCAGCUAAAGCAAACGUUCCAGUAUCAUCAGCCAAUUCGUUGGAAUACGACGCAGAACCACGAUCCAUGAAGGUGAAGGCCCCAGUGCCGUACAUGGUCACCUCCGAACUGAGGAACGACAACAAUCAAGUCCCUCUAGAUCAAUGUACGUCGUGGUCAGCGCUUUUCAAGGGUUUCACAGAUGCAAGAAGGCGCCGGUCCUUGCAAAAUUCCGAUGUAUCCACAGAUACUGCGGGCGCACAAUCGCUUACAUCACCUGACACGGAGAGCCACGGAUCUAUCCAGAAGGACCCUCCGUCUCUUGAUCACUGCCCACUUGUGCGAUCAGAGACUUCGAUAGAUGGAGAGGUGUCGAAGAGUUCUGCCGCUUAUAGCACGACCGCGCUGCUACCUCUAGAAGAUGCCGAUAUGUCGGUCGAUUCGCUUGCUGUGCGAGACGCAGACAUAUUACAUGUAGAGCAAUGGCUCAUGAUCAGAUAUGCGUCUGCUUUUGUUGGGCUUACGCAAGCGGAAAUUGAGAGUGCGCACUGGCGACCUGAGUAG